CUUGGAGAGUAUUAGAGUUGGGAGGUUCUGAGCUGGAUGCUGUUGAGAGAGGCUGUGGUCAGUGUGAGAUUGAUCAGUGUGAUGGGAGUGUGGGAUAUGGAGGAAGCCCAGAUGAAAGUGGAGAAACAACUCUGGAUGCAAUGAUUAUGAAUGGCAACACUAUGGAAGUUGGGGCAGUUGCGGAUCUCAGACGUGUAAAAAAUGCAAUUGGUGUAGCACGAAAGGUCAUUGAAUACACGAAGCAUACCUUACUAGUGGGAGAGUCAGCCUCCCUGUUUGCUGUAAGAAUGGGAUUUCCAUAUGAAGAUUUAACUACCCAGAAUUCACUUGCACUGUAUUCAGAAUGGCUUAAUCAAAGAUGUCAGCCAAACUACUGGAAGAAUGUGGUACCAGACUCCUCAAAAUCCUGUGGACCAUAUAAACAGCCAGAAAAAGUAACUUCUAAGGAAGAACAGAUCACUUCACAAAGAAGUCUUCGUAAUCAUGAUACUAUUGGUAUGGUUGUAAUUGGUGUGAAUGGAACCGUUGCCUCUGGGACAUCUACUAAUGGUGCAGUCCACAAAAUUCCAGGCCGUGUUGGGGAUUCUCCAAUAGCUGGAGCAGGAUCCUAUGCUGACAGUACAGCCGGAGGAGCUGCAGCCACUGGGGAUGGUGACAUCAUGAUGCGCUUCUUACCCAGUUACCAAGCUGUGGAAUACAUGAGAAUGGGAACAGACCCAACAGUAGCCUGUCAGAAAGUUAUUUCCAGAAUCCAGAAGUAUGCUCCAAAGUUCUUUGGUGCUGUCAUAUGUGCCAAUACAACUGGAAGUUAUGGUGCUGCAUGUAAUAAAAUUCCAGGAUUCACUCAGUUUCACUUCAUGGUUUCUAGCCCUUUGCUAAGUCAACCAACUGAGCAAGUAGUAGAUUGCAUGUAAUUUCUUUUGUCUUAUUAGCAUCU